CACAAGUUGAAUAACAUUGACUCUCUACCCUAUCAUCAGACUCACACAUCUUUCUGUCUGUCCUCUAAAAUUGUUGUAUGGAUGGACCUCCAUAUGUUGGAACUUAUACUAUGCCAAUACAUCCUCGAAUUGCACUGUGUAUUAUUCCAGACUGGCACUGUGUGGACCAACUGUUGGUUACUAAGGGACUUAAACAUGCCAUUUGGUGGCAUUAAGGCCAGUGGUAUAGGCCGAGAGGGUGCCAAAGAGUCUGCUGAAUUCUUCACUGAACUGAAAACUAUAGUGAUUGCUGUUGAUUAGAGUGGUCUCUAUUGGACAAAUGUGAAAUAUACUCAUACUCAUUCUGAUUUGCUAUAGACAGAAUGUUUAACAAUCAAUUGGUAUUACCUCAAUUUACAAAAUAUGAUUUAUUAAUGCUUUUGACAAGUCAUAACAGCUGAAAACAAAUUAUAUUUUACAUUUUAUAAGAUGAUCCGUCCUGGAUACAUGAAUUAUGAUUUACUCUUCCAUUUUAUGAUAGCUAUGUAUUACUAUUGUAUGUAUGUAUAGCGUUAUUGUCCUAAUUUAAUUAGGAGAUUCAUAGUAUUUAUAUGCAAUUGUAACAAUUAUGAAAAAUGUAAUAUAUAAAUAUUUUACAGUUAAUCAUAGGUAAAAUCAUGAUUUUGC